AUGAGCACGUCUGAUAGUGUAUAUGAUAUUAUAAUCAUUGGUUGUGGUCCAGCUGGUAUAGCCGCUGGAUUAGAACUUCAAAAGUAUUCAUCAAUUCCGAAUUUUUCAAUUCUUGAAGCUCGCGAUCGUGUUGGUGGUCGAGCUUAUACGGAUACACACACUUCUAAUAGUAGUGAACCUAUUGAUUUAGGUGCCCGUUGGAUUCAUCAUUAUCGGCCAGAAAAUCCUCUUGCUGUACACCAUACUCCUUCUGAUAAAGAUCAAUUUUUUCAUCAUUUUUUUCAUGGUUCCAACACUGCUUUUUAUGAUAUUGAUGGAUCAUUACUAUCUGAAAGUUUACUACAUGAAGCCGAAAGUUUUGUUGAUGAUCUAUGUGAAAAUAUGAAAGAAUAUUCAUUAGACAAUGAAGAUAUUUCUAUAUUGGAUAUUAUUCGUGAUAAAUAUGAAAAAAUUCAAGAUGAACAAAUGCGUCGUCUUGUCGAAAUGAACCUUGCCUAUAUUGAACAUUAUGAAGCAUCGAAUCUUGAUCAACUCUCAGUUAAAUCAUAUUCGAAAUCGGAUGGUGGUAUUAAAACAUGUGAUCUUACUCUUCCUAUUGGAUUAGGUACUUUUAUGCAACAGAUAGUUGAACGAAAUCCUCUACCUAUUCAAUUAAAUACUAUCGUGACAAAUAUUGAUAUUCCAAAUGAUAAGAACGAACCUAUCCGUAUAACUAAAAAAGACAAUCGUCAUUGUUUAACGAAACAUGCUCUGAUCACAAUUUCGCUUGAUUGUUUAAAAGCAAGUUCAAUUCAGUUUACUCCACCAUUACGCGAUUGGAAACAAAAUGCUAUUGGUCAAAUCGGUGUAGAUGUGGGAAUCACUAUCAGUCUGAAGCAUGAGCCGACAUACUCACCCCAAAAAGUAAAUCAGAUAGCGUACAAGAAGUUAACAAAAUCGAAAUGUAAAAUAUCUAAAAAGAAAACUAGUGCAUCAAACAAAGUUGAAGAAGAAGAGGAAAUCGAAAACGAAUUUGAUGAUGACGAUAAGAAUGAGGAACAACAUCAACUCGACAAGCGUUAUAGUGAAAAUAACACCACGAAUGAAGACGAAGAAUCAAUGCUAAUCGACGAAUUUGACUUUGAUGUUCUUCCAGAAGUGUCUAGUUCCACCGUCAAUGGAAUGCGUAUAUUUGAUUCUAUUGAUAACUGUCAAAAUGAAUCUUUCUUUUCUGUGGAAGUGAAUGGCCAGAAAAAAUACUUGCAUAAGCAAACAGCCAAUUAG